AUGGUCUCCGAUCAGGAACUGGAGCAGUCGACUGCGCAGCUCGCAGACUUCCGCAACGCACAUGAACAGCACACCACGACCUUGUCUGAGCUUCUGGAGAAGUACGGCACUUUAAUCCAGGAUUACCAAAGACUACGCAGCGACCUCGAAGAAGAGCGUGACGCUCGCGAGAAGUACAAACAAUUGGCAAAAGGCCAAGAGCGUAACCCAUUCGUCCUCGUCCUCAUCGAUGGUGAUGGUUAUGUAUUCGACGACGAUUUGAUCAGUAACGGCGCAGAAGGCGGUCAGAGGGCUGCACACCUGCUCAACGACGCAGUCCGUAGCAGCCUCCGCAGCCGCGGCCUAGACCACUGCCGUGUUAUGGUACGAGUGUAUGCGAAUGUGGUGGGCUUGUCCAAAGCACUGUCCCGCCACAAGCUCGCCGGACAGGAAAAGAGGAGUAUCGCACCCUUCAUCGCCAACUUCAACCGCUCGAAUGACUUGUUCGACUUCGUUGAUGCUGGCGAAAUGAAGGAGAACGCGGACUUCAAGAUUAGAGCAAUGUUCCGCCAAUUCGCGGAGAAUGCUCAAUGCAAGCAUAUAUACUUUGCUGCCUGUCACGAUGUGGGCUACGUCUCUGAGCUGAAUCCUUACAGCAACGUCGGCAACAGAGAUCGUAUCACACUCGUCAGGACACCAGCAUUCCACCGCGAGUUCACUAAGUUGGGCUUGCGAAUUGAAGACUUCACAAACGUCUUCCGUACCACGCAGCUGGAGAGCCAGCCGGCUCAAUCAAUGAUGAGCCCGGCUAAGGCGAUCCAGCAGCAUACCAGCAACAACCAAACCGCAGCACCUGCUGCUAACGACAAUGCACAGAUCUGUUCGUUCUACUAG